AUGUUCUCUACUCGCUUUUACACCCUUAUCUUCCUCGCCGUUGGCGUUGCAGUCGAGGCCGUUCCUGCCCCGAUGAAGCGCAAUGAUGCGACCCCCGCUCUGGCAGCGCGGGCCCCGCAAUUCUCGGUCAACAUCCCCAACAAUAUCCCCGUCUCCGGCGCAUUCCCGAACGGCAUCACCAUCAUUCCCCAGACGCCUUCAGGCAGUAUCGUUACGGGCAACAACAACUCGACGCUAUUUGGCCAGUUCGGCUUCAAGCGCGAGGAGGGUGUUGAGGCUCGCCAGUUCAACUUCACCCUGCCCAACCAACUCCCUGUCGCGGGUACCCUACCUUUCGGCCUCACGGUCACCCAGGGCGCCCAAAACAGUACCGUCGGUCUCCCCUCGGGCUUCCCAUUUAAGCGCGGUCUUGAGGCUCGCCAAUUCAACUUCACCCUUCCCAACCAACUGCCUGUCGAGGGAACGCUUCCGUUCGGCCUCACAGUCACGCAAGGUGCCCAGAACAGCACCGUUGGUCUGCCCUCCGGCUUCCCAUUUAAGCGCGACGGCGGCCUCGACGCUCGCCAAUUCAACUUCACUCUACCCAACCAAUUGCCUGUCGAGGGAACGCUCCCCUUCGGCCUCACGGUCACCCAGGGCGCACAGAACAGCACCGUCGGACUCCCCUCGGGUUUCCCGUUCAAGCGUGACCUCGACGCUCGCCAGUUCAACUUCACUCUUCCCAACCAGCUCCCUGUCGCCGGCAACCUGCCCUUCGGCUUGACUGUCACCCAGGGCGCGCAAAAUAGCACCGUUGGUCUUCCGGCGGGCUUCCCCUUCAAGCGCGAUGACGGCGUCGAGGCGAGGCAAGUUAACUUCACGCUGCCCAACCGGCUCCCUGUCGCCGGCACGCUCCCCUUCGGCCUCACGGUCACUCAGGGUGCACAAAACAGCACCGUCGGCCUUCCGUCGGGUUUCCCGUUCAAGCGUGAUGCCGACGUCGAGGCCCGCCAGUUCAACUUCACUCUCCCGAACCAGCUCCCUGUUGAGGGCGUUCUUCCGUUCGGCUUGACUGUUACUCAGGGAACGCAGAACAGCACUGUUGGUCUUCCGGCGGGAUUCCCUUUCUGA